UUGAAAAUUUGAUUUUAUUGAGGGAAACCAAUAAUUUCAGUAGUGAACCUGGGAUUUUUUAGUAAUAAAAUCGCAGGAAUCGGUGUCGUAAAUUAUGGACGUUACAUUUGCUAUGGAUACGCUGGAAGAGGGAACCGAAUUAGAACCGAACAGGCAUUGCCAAGAAGUGUCUCUUCUUAUGCCACCAGAAAUGCAUGGUUCUUUGCAACCAUCGCUUCCCGGCAGUCGUAGAAUGACCGUCGACCAAAGCAUAGAGUCAUUCAAUGUUUCCAGAAGACAAUCAACUGUGGUGACAGCAACAAUACGUCGUCAAUCACUUGGAGUAAUGGCACAGAGACGUCUUUUGUUAGAAAUGCUUCAAGGUCGGAUCGAAAGUAAGGGAUCGCUACGGUCGGACGAAGGUCGGGUAAAAGAACCAGAUCCAGAUUACGAAUUUAGGAUGCGCAAUCGUCGAUCUGGAGACGAUGCACUGUCGACUACGUUAUCUGCUUUUUAUGCAAAGUUUCUAGUUGUCUUGGGCAUUGCUUUUCCUGUCACCGAUAUAUUAUCUCAGAAAGCGCCGCCAUCAUUUUACCAAGGAUUCUACUUGUAUUUAUAUAUUGGAAGCGUUGCCUUUGUGGUUUAUAUGUAUGCUGGACAUUUACGCACCAGAGCACUGUUUUCAAUGAUUGAUUCUUAUCAGGACGAUAAAAAAGCGCCGAUCAUAAAAAAGACAACCGUUCGUUAUGGCAGUUUUUAUUUGCGGGUAGGUGCAAUUGCUUUCGGUAUUGGCAGUAUGGUGUAUUCAGGACUGGAAUUCGGGCAAUAUUUCGAAUUGAAAGGCGAUGUUGGAUGUCAAAAUGUGCUGAUCGCACUCACACCAGCCGCUCGAACCAUACUAUCAAUUGUUCAAAUGCAAUUUAUAUUUUUAAAUACCAAAGACUACGAAAUGGAUCGCCAGAAGACCAUCGCUAGGUUUGGACUUAUGCAUAUGGUGGCCACAAAUCUCUGUGAAUGGCUUUAUGUUAUAAUUGAAGAAACGAAACAUGAAAUCUUUCAUUUAGAACAACAUCAUUCGUCCCACUUGACCGACCAGUUGCACAACAUAACAAAGAGAGCAACGGCAUCAGAAAUUAUCGUCGAAUGCCGCAGAACCAACAUUAUGGGAACUUUAAUACAGAAUUCAUCACCAUUUCUGUUUCCCUGCACUAUCGAAUAUUCGCUAAUUUGUUCAGUCAUACUUUUCGAAAUGUGGAAACAUAUUCGAGGAGUAGAUAGUGAGAAGCCGAGAAAGCGGAAAAUUUCGACAAACGAAAAGGGUGCGCACACAUUUUCGUUGGACUGUUCACGGGCGCACAGGGGAAUGUUUGCUGGCAUUUUGGUGAUUGUAGUGGGAAUCAUCAGUUUAAUUAUGUUCUACGUAUUGAGCGCCGAGCCACAAUACCACAAUUUGGCCACAUUAGAAGUGACCAUAUCGGAAAUGAUUCUGUAUAUUGUAACGACGGCUGGCGUUGGUCUUGCAUUUCUGAAGAUGAGAGAUUUGAAAUUUAGCAAACCGAAAGGAAUACCAUUAGACUGUUUGCUGCUGUUGUUGGCACAGAGUGGAGUCUACAUCUACUCAAUGUUCAGCAUCAUUGGUUGUUAUUUCUCCGUUUAUUAUGAGCCAGAAAAUGACCACGGUGGUGUCCACGGGAUAUUUGCUGAACUGUUUGCACUGCUGCAAACGUCGUGUCAAACCAUUUUUAUACUGAAUGCCUGGCACCGGCGAACCCGAACUCCACAGCAAAACCGCAUUAAACCGGGCAGAGAAACAAUAACUUUUCUGUUGGUGUCGAAUAUGGCGAUGUGGUUUCUAAACACUUUGGUAAAGAAUCGUGCAAUGUUUCGACCCACGCAUUUGAGAUUUUUCGGUUUGUGGGCAUGGACGAUUAUCACACAUGUGUCGAUGCCGUUGGCAAUAUUUUACCGAUUUCAUUCAACAAUUUGUCUGUUUGAAAUUUGGAAAACUUCGUACAAAGUUCGAGUGGAAAAUUCUGUUUAACAUGAAAAAUGCAUCCGAUGCGAAACAAUCACUUCUGCCAAAACUUCUCCAUGAAUCGAAUAACGAGCGACUUUACUUCAUUAGCUAUUAUGUGCAUCUAAUUAUACCAUAUUUAAGCGACCAAUUAGUUUUCAUUUUAAAUAUUAAUAUUCAAACAUUAAAGAACAACCGAAAGUUCGACGCAAUGUGUAGUCGGAAAUAAUUUAUGGCAAUAUCGCUUUUAAAGAACACAACCGAUACGGAAUAAUUAGGCAGUUAUAUUGCGCCUCUGUACAACAAUGAUCUUAAUUGUUUCUCAGGGACACAUUUAAGUGCAUUGAGAACAAUGAAUUCUAUAAUUAAUUGAAGUUCACACUUUCACUACUUACAUAAUGUCAUUGCCUCAGUUAUCUUAUUAAUUGUUUUAGACAGCUAUUGUGUCUAUGACAAAAAGAAUAUUUACUUUAUUAAUAAUAAUCAACUAGUGCUUAGCCUCUGCGUAUAGGGUGACUCGCUAUCCAAUUGGAAUAUAAUUUUUACAACUUAAAGCGCUGUCCGAUCAAU